AUGGAAGAUCCAAGUAAAUCAUUCAAAUCAGAAGAUAAUUUGGGCAAUCUCGCUUCAUGGAGUACAAUAACACAAACAAUAUCACAAACAAUAACAAAACGUGAUCGAUGGAAAGGAAAAAUUGAUUUUCUCAUAGCAUGUAUGGGAUUUUCUAUUGGUUUGGGUAAUGUGUGGAGAUUUCCCUAUUUGUGCUAUAAAAAUGGUGGAGGAGCCUUUCUUCUACCUUACUUCGUCAGUGUGAUCGUUGCGGGUGUACCAUUAUUUCUUCUUGAAGUUGCUUUGGGUCAGUUUAUGUCUAAAGGAGCUAUUGCAGCCUGGGAUAUUUGUCCACUUUUUAGAGGUAUUGGAUGUGCUAGCACUAUGAUAAACUUUUUGGUGAACAGUUAUUACACAGUGAUUCUGGGUUGGGCAUUUCAUUUUAUUUUCGCUUCAUUCAGUAAAGAACUUCCGUGGGCUAAAUGUGGACAUUCCUGGAAUACUAACUCAUGUAUUGAUGCUGUAGUGAGAACAAAUUUAAGCAAUUCAACAUCACUUCUCCGUCAACAUAUAUUUGGAGCUGAUCCUGCUUCAGAGUACUGGGAAAAUCGUGUCCUACGAAUAUCAAAUGGUAUUGAUAAUUUAGGAACAAUUCAAUGGGAUUUAGCAUUAUGCCUUUUAUUAGCUUGGACAAUAAUAUUUUUAGCAAUAUGUAGAGGAAUAAAAACAUCGGGAAAGAUUAUGUAUAUAACUGCAACUACACCAUAUAUAUUCAUGAUUAUAUUACUUAUAAGAACAGCUCAGUUAGAAGGAGCAUUAAAUGGUAUAACGUAUUAUUUAAAACCAGACUGGGAUAAAUUAACAGAUAUGACAGUUUGGUCAGAUGCUGGAACUCAAAUCUUUUUCAGUUAUGCUAUUGGUUUAGGAGCUUUGUCUGCAUUGGGAAGUUAUAAUCGUUAUCAUCAUAAUUCAGUUAGAGAUUGUCUUUUAUUUGCUGGUGCAAAUACAUUUACAAGUUUAUUGGCUGGUUUUGUUAUAUUUGCAACACUUGGCAAUAUGUCUUAUAUAUCCAAUGUUCCAAUACAUUUAAUUGCAGAAUCAGGACCAGGUUUAGCAUUUAUUAUUUAUCCAAAAGCAUUAGGAACAUUGCCUGGUAGUCCUAUUUGGUCAUUUUGUUUUUUUAUUAUGAUUAUACUAUUGGGAAUUGAUAGUAUGUUUGGUGGAGUUGAAGGUUUUGUUGCUGCAAUCUCCGAUUACUUACCUCAAGUGAUAUUAAAUCCAUGGUAUCGAGUUAGUUUUGUUGCAGCCACAUGUAUUAUAUCUUAUGGUAUUGGAUUAUUUAUGGUGACUAAUGGCGGUAUGUACAUAUUUCAAUUAUUUGAUUAUUAUUCGGGUAGUCGUAUAAUUUUAUGUGUUACAUUUUUGGAAUGCAUCGUGAUUGGCUACAUAUAUGGAUGGAGACGGUUUGCAAAUGAUAUGAAGUCAAUGUAUGGCUUUUCACUUAAAUGGUUUUGUUGUUUAUACCUAUGCAUUAUUACUCCAUUGUUUACAUUUGUUCUGUUUAUCUUCAGUGUAAUUGUAUACGAAGAACUCACAUAUAUGCGAGCUGUCAAACCUGAACCAUAUCACUUUCCGAAGUGGUCUGUGAUAUUAGGUUGGAUGAUGGCCAGUUCAAGUUUGUUCUUCAUUCCAGGUGUCAUGGUGGCAGAGGUUAUAAGAACACCGGGAACAUUUCUAGAAAGAAUAAAAUACCUGUGUACACCUCGUCUUACUCAGCAUCGUUGUUCUUUAACCAGUCCAACUUUAAUUGACCCCGAAAAUUCGGAGAUUCCAGAAAAUAAUCCCAAUGAUCAUUAUGAAGUGAAUUCGUGUACAACAGAAGAGCAAAACAUUGAAGAGGACAAUUCAGGGAAAACAAAGAAAAAAUUCAAAGUUAGAAAUUUCUGUAGAUCGUGUAUUCGAUAG